CCAGUAUCAGAUGGAGAUGAUGCGAUCUCUUCGUCAUGUCAACAUUGACCAUCUCCAUGUGGGCUGGUACCAGUCAACCUAUUAUGGAUCAUUUGUCAGCCGGGCCCUGCUGGACUCUCAGUUCAGUUACCAGCACGCCAUCGAGGAGUCUGUCGUUCUCAUCUACGAUCCCAUUAAGACCGCCCAGGGCUCCCUGUCCCUGAAGGCUUACAGGUUAACACCCAAACUGAUGGAGAUUUGCAAGGAGAAGGACUUCUCAGCCGAGGGAUUGAAGAAGGCCAUGAUUGGUUUUGAGCACAUGUUCGAGGAGGUUCCCAUCGUGAUCAAGAACUCCCACCUGAUCAACGUUCUGAUGUGGGAACUGGAGGAGAAGUGUACUGUGGCCGACAAGCACGAACUGCUCAACCUCUCCAGCAG